AUGAAGAAAGGCAAGGCCCCGUCCUCCAGGAGAGCUGAAAUCCAGCAUCUGCACCAAUGCUACGCCUCAGGGCAGACCAUUUUGCCUGCCUGCGCCCUCCUCAGGUUCCUCCACAAAGAACAGAUGGAGCUCACAGCAAAUGAAGAAACGGCAGAGAGUUUGAUUGAUAGAUAUGAGAUUGAAGAGACAGCCAGAGAAAGUAGGUCCAUGACAUUUGAAGGAUUCCUGAGGUACAUGGAGUCCAAAGACUGCUGCGUGUUCGACCAGGCCCACACGUCUGUUUACCAAUACAUGGACCAGCCUUUCAGCAAUUACUUCAUCUCGUCAUCACACAACACCUACCUGACUGGAGAUCAGCUUGUAGGAAAGAGCCACCUGGAUGCCUAUGUUUGUGCUCUGAGGAAAGGCUGUCGCUGUCUGGAGAUUGACUGCUGGGAUGGGCCGGAUAUGGAGCCCGUAGUCUACCAUGGCUACACCCUGACCACCAAGAUAUUAUUUAAGGACGUCAUCACCACUGUGGAGCAACAUGCCUUCGAGGUGUCUGCUUACCCAGUGAUCCUGUCAUUAGAAAACCAUUGCUCCCAGGAGCAGCAGGAGGUCAUGGCCAAGUACCUCAUCUCUGUCCUGGGGGAAAAGCUGCUGAGAAGUCCCUUGGAUCACCCAACCACUGGAGACCUCCCUAGCCCCAAUGACCUGAAGUAUAAGAUCCUCAUCAAGAAUAAAAAGCUAAAGCAUCCCAUUGAGAGUGGGGGCGCAUCAGGGACAGAGGCAGAGGAGAGUGUAGAUGAGGAGGAGGAGGAGGAUGAGGAGGAGGAAGAGGAUCAUCAAACCAAGGCAAAGUUCUGGUCUCCCAGAAAGGCAGGGUCAAAGACGAAAUAGAAGAAGAAGGUGGCCGUGGCAGAGGCUUUAUCGGACCUGGUUGUAUACACCAGGUCUGUCAAGUUCAUCAGCUUCAGUCAUUCCAAGGACAAUCAGAACUGCUAUGAGAACACAUCGAUGGCAGAGAAGAAAGCUCGCAAGCUAGCCAAAGCCUCAGGUGCAGACUUUGUUCAGCACAACCGGAGGUUCCUCAGCAGGAUUUACCCAGCAGGCUCCAGGACGUCUUCCUCCAACUACAACCCUCAGGAGUUUUGGAACGUCGGUUCACAGCUCGUGGCUCUAAAUUUCCAGUCUCUGGAUUUGUCCAUGGACCUUAAUGAUGGCCGUUUCCAGGACAACGGGGGCUGCGGGUACGUUCUGAAGCCGGCGGUGCUCAUGUCCAGUCAGAGGAGCUUUGAUCCCAGCUGCAGCCAGCACGGCCUGAAACCAACACACCUGCUGCUCAAGGUGAUUAGUGGGUCCAACCUACCCACCCCCAGGAGUGGCAAAGCUCUGGACCCAUUUGUCAGAGUGGAGAUUCAUGGGAUUGCAUCGGACUCACGCAGGAAAAACACACAUACUGUCAAAAACAACUCUCUGAGUCCUCACUGGGAUACUGACAUGAACUUCACCAUCAGUGUCCCGGAGCUCUGCCUCCUCCGCUUCUGUGUCCGAGAACAGACCGGCCUCCUCAGCAGCGAAUUCGUGGGCCAGUACACCCUGCCCUUCACCAGCCUGAAGAAAGGCUACCGCUGGGUUCCUCUCCGGUCCCGAGACGGAUGCAGUCUGGAUCCAGCCUCGCUCUUCGUCUUUGUUUGGUAUUCCUAA